UACCUCUGCCAUGUACCUCGACCUACUCUUGUUUGGGUACUUGGGGAGUGUCCGGACACGAACCCCUCCUGGGAUACGACUGCGGUAGGGACACCGUUGUCGCACCCGCACCGCACCCGCACGCCGCAGGGCACACGCCCACCGUCCACUCCUCCGUGGCCGCUACCAAGUUUCUUCGCUGCACAUCCCUCGGCCGUCACGGCCACGCCGCAGUGCCACGCCGAACAUUCCGCGCCGCCCCCUGCAACUCGCGUGCGAAAAAGUGGGAGGAAGCAAGUUGAGGUGGUACACGGGUUGAAAUGCUGCCAAUCCACAACCACUUCGCAACUCGGCUCCCCUACCCACGCAAACGGUCACGAUACAAUUUUGAAACUCGCAGGUUGCAGCUGCGCCUCACGGCACGUUCGCAGCCAGAGUACCAAUCUUAGCACUACGACAAGUAUCGCACCCAGAGUUCGUCGUCUCGCGCUACCGAACCCUCUAGGCAAUCUGAGUAAGAUGGACCAGGUCCCAGGGUGCAACUCGACAGCGACGUUUCCUGCACGUCCACUAGCUCUUGGCUGUUUCUACCCCGCGCUUCCAGACGAAGCACCAGCCAGACACAACCUUAUCUCACGACGGGCAACGUUCGCCGGGCCACUGAAAAAGGGCCAUCGAUCGGAGACAGCUGUAUUACGAGUCAGCUUCGCUCAGAGUUUGAAGCCAUCGGCCUCUCAUCGAUGGGAGCACGAUCUCCAAGUUACUAUACGCAACGGGAGCAAUACGGGCCAUCGUCAGACACACUUACACGCAACGUCCGUUGCGCACUGCCCCGCCUCGCAUCGCGACUUUGCUACAGCUCUGCAAACGGGAAACUCGUGCCGGCGAUUGGACAUUCAAGCCAUCCAGACAAGACAGUCAUCCGAGUUCCUCGCCAUGCGGCCAAUGCUUGACAUCACUUCCCGUCGCCACCCCGUCCAAUCCGCGCCCUCUCCCGCCUCGACGUGGAUGGUAGUUCAGGCGACAACAGACCACUCUCCCCAACUUUGCCCAUCUUCAACGUAA